AUGUCAGUCAAGCGGGUCCUAGUCAUUGCGGGAUCUGAUAGCUCUGGUGGCGCGGGCUUGGAAGCCGAUCAAAGAGUUCUAGCCGCCCAUGGCUGCUAUGCUCUCACUGCCACAACGGGCUUGACGGCCCAGAACACACUCGGUGUGCAAGACAUCUUCGUCAUCCCAGCCGAGUUCGUCAGAAAGCAGAUCAAUGCUGGUUUGGAAGAUGUCGGUGCCGAUGUGGUCAAACUCGGUAUGCUGUCGUCUGCCGAGACGAUUGAUGUCAUCGCGGAAACAUUGCAAACCCAUCGAGUUCCCUCAAUUGUCCUCGAUCCGGUCAUGGUGUCCACGAGUGGAUCGCAGCUGCUCCCUGAGAAGGCCGUUAAAGGGCUCCGCACGAAACUGCUUCCGCUUACGACAAUCUUAACCCCGAACAUUCCCGAAGCACAGCUCUUGCUCAAGGAUGCGGGAGCAGAAGCUCCGGAGCCAGCGGAUCUUGACGGCAUGGUUGAACUGGCCAAGAAAAUCUGUUCGCUAGGCCCCAAGGCAGUGCUCCUCAAGGGUGGCCAUAUCCCUCUGACCAAGGAACACAAGACUGCCAAAAACCCGCAAGAAGCGACCACGGUCAUCGACAUUCUUUUUGAUGGAGAAAAAGCAACUCUGUUCGAGACAGACUACUUAGUCUCGAAGAACACGCACGGCACCGGCUGCUCACUCGCCUCGGCAAUCGCCGCCAACCUGGCCCAAGGAAAAGACAUGGUGAGAGCUGUUCGCAGCGCCGUGCGAUUCGUCGAAGCGGGAAUCAAGACCAGCACCGACUUGGGUAAAGGAAGUGGGCCUAUCAACCAUUUCCACUCGAUCUACACUAUGCCCUUUGCACCUGGCCGGUUCCUGGAAUACAUUAUGGAUCGCCCGGACGUCCAGCAAAUUUGGCAGAAAUUCACCCAUCACGAUUUUGUUGAGGGUCUGGGCAAGGGUACGCUUCCUGUACAGAGAUUCAAAGAGUAUCUUGUGCAGGACUAUCUCUACCUGGUCCAAUUCGCUCGCAGUAAUGCACUUGCAUCGUACAAGGCCAAGAGCAUGGACUCAAUAGCAGCAUCCGCUCAAAUCGUUCUACAUAUCGAGCGAGAGAUGGCUCUGCAUGUGGAUUACUGCGCUUCCUUCGGUCUCUCCAAAGCGGAGAUGCUGGCCCACAAGGAGACUAUUGCAUGUACCGCGUACAGCCGAUACAUUCUCGACGUAGGACAAUCGGAAGAUUGGCUCGCACUGCAAAUGGCUCUUGCACCUUGUCUUAUCGGAUACGGUGCUAUUGCCAAACGACUCCACACCGAUUCCGAGACUCUCCGUGAAGGAAACCAGUUCUGGAAGUGGAUUGAGAACUACGUCGCCGAGGACUAUUCCGAAGCCGUGCGACUCGGAUCAGAAUUGCUAGAAAGUCACAUGAAGCUGGUAUCCCCCAGUCGCAUGGAAGAGUUGAUCAAGAUUUUCAUCCGGGCUACGGAGCUGGAGAUUAGUUUCUGGGAUAUGGGUCUAAGCGAUAAGAAGGUGUGA